AUGGUGAUUGGUAGAUGUUAUGAACAACAAGAACCAUUAUUUCUACAACCAUGUAAUUCAACUUUAUUUGGGAUUUACAGAGUAUCUAAAUUAGGUGCUCUUCGAGCAUUUUAUAUUGAUGAUAUUAAAGAAAAACUUGUUCGUCUUGGAUUGUUGUGUUAUUUGUUGACGCUAAUGUUAUUCAACAUGUGCCUAAAAUAUGGCUUAAAAAAGUUCAAAAUAAGAAGACAGCUGUAUCUCAAAAAAAAACAAUUAUGUUGGUUCCCCUUUACUAAAGCCGAUUUUCCAAAUACAAAAGUGCAUUUCAAAACCGACCAAAUACAUAAAAUGAUACGUAAAUGUUAUGUUCCUAAUAAUACAGAUGGCACAUGGUUUAAAUGUAAACAGAUUGCUGGUCCUUUUGAUAGUGAAAUGCAUUCUAGAAUGAUUGCAAAAUCAUGGUGUGAUGAAAGCCAGAGCUGUGAUGCAUCAGAAGAUUCAACUAGUGAUGAUAACAAUACUGUUAAAAAUGGAAGAAGUAUUCGCCAUAAAAAGAAGCCAAAAUGUUAUUCACCACCCACAUUUAAACUAAAAGCAAAGCCAGUUAAAACUUUUACUAAUCACGAUAAACCACCAAUACUUAAAAAAACACCCAGCCCGCCCAGUACACCAUUAGCUGAUCAUAGCAAUACAAAAAAGGUUAAACAUCACUCAAAAAAUGUAAAAUCAGUUACCAUCAAUGCAAAUGAACCAAAUAUGUCAUUGACCACAUCAACCAACAAUGAUUUGGAUGAAAAAUUAUUAAAUAACAUGAUACAUGAUGAGAGUGCUUUAGAUAUAUUUUUAAAUAAGAAUGAACCCUCAAAUGAAAUCAAUGAUGUACACAAUGCAGAGGAAGAGUUGCAAAUAAGAAAUUAUAAUAACUAUAUACAAGGUGAAACUUUAAAAGAAAAUCUAUUAAAUAUUCCAGAAACAGAUGUUUAUCAGAAUAUUGAGAACAAUUCUAAACAAAAUAUGGAUUUUAUUUAUGCCGACGCCAUGCAGCUUAAUGAUGAUAAUUUUGAUAUGCAUAAUAAUGAUAAUACAGUUAAUAAUAACUACAAGAGCUUAAUAUCAAGCAACGAAAAACAGAAUUCAAACAUAAAUGACAGACCGCCUAUUUUGAUUUCUAUUCCUGCACAAGUGGGAACACCAGUUAACAAUGUUUUUGAUAUAGACGAAGUCAGUAUAAAUUCAUUAAACGAUGAUGAGAUAACUAACAAUAACAUGCAUUUAUCAGUUGAAAAAGAACAAAACUCUUGUUGUUGUGAUGCUGUAGAAAAAUUAAGAAAAAUAAUACAAAAUAAAGAUCAACAACUUUUGACACAUAUAUUAAUUAAUAAUACCAAUCAAAUUAAAGUAUGCACAUUUCUGGAAAAUAUGGACAAAAAAAUUAACAAAUUGCUAGAAAGGGAUAGAAGAACUCAAACCUUUGCAUUUCCAUUGCCCAAAAUACCGGCACCGUUCAUUGAAUUGUUGCCGAUCAUAAGUAUUAAUAGUCUAGAAGUAGUUGAACAACUGUUGUCUGUAGACAAUGACAAUUUCAACCGUAAUGUGGAAGAGUUGAAAACUUAUUUGUUGUUGAAAAUUGGCAAUUUACCAAGUCUAAAUUUUGCAGUUAAAUCGGCAUUUGAUAUAUGCUUUACAAGAGAAAUUGCCUCCUUGUUUAGUUUACAAGGAAAAACAAAGAGGCCAUUUGUAAAACUCGGAAUUUACAAAGUAUUACAUGAAACAUUAUCGGGAAGAAUCCAUAAUUCUGAUGAAGAAAAGAUAUUUUUAAAUAUUAUUUCUAACAUAUUGAAACAUAGUGGAAAUCAUUAUAAAAACAAAUUAUGA